AUGAAAUUGCAACAAAAUGGUGACAAAGAGAACGAAAACAGUUCAUUUCAUUCAUCCUCUGCUAGUGCUUUAUCAACAGAACCAAUACCAAAAUUACGAUCAGAAACAGUUUCACCAAUAUGGACAAAAUCAAAUGAAUUAUGGAUAAAUAUGAUUUACAAAACAAAUAAUGAGGUCUAUAAAUGUCGACCAUUAUUUCUUGAUCAACAUCCGGCAUUACAAACAAAAAUGCGUAGUGUUUUAUGUGAUUGGGUAAUGGAGGUUUCCGACGUUUUUCAUCUUCAUCGUGAAACAUAUCAUAUUGCCAUUGAUUAUAUUGAUCAAUAUUUAUCAAAGGUUAAAAACGUACCAAAACACAAAUUACAAUUACUUGGCACAACAUCAUUGUUUGCUGCUGCUAAAAUUGAGGAAAUUUAUCCACAACGAAUUGGUGAGUUUGCCUACGUAACAGAUAAAGCUUGUAGCGAAGAUGAUAUAUUAGAUUUGGAAAUUGAUUUAUUAAAGACUUUAAAUUGGUUUAUUUCGCCAAUGACAGCAAUUAGUUGGUUAUCAACAUAUUUACAAUUGGAAUAUGAAUUGUGUGUAAAUCAAGAUAAAUGUCAUCGUUUUAACGGUGAACAAUAUAAUAAAAAGCGUCGUGUAUCAACAUCAUCUUUUUCACGUAAUUUAUUAUCACAACCGUGGUUAACACCACUUUCAUUAGCUAUCACAUCAUUAGAUGAUGAGACUGAUGUAUUAAAAACACAUACAGUUUCUGAUAUUACUCAAUCAGUUUACUAUCAAUCAACAUUUAUACAAGUGGCCAGACUAAUUGAUUUGUGUACAUUGGAUGUUGAAUAUUCUCAAUUUCCGAAAAAUAUAAUUGCCUGUUCAGCAUUAUUAACAUAUAAAUAUGAUUGGCCAUAUGAAAAAAUCACGUCAUUAACUGAAGCUAAAUUGGCUUGCUGUAUGGAAUGGAUGAAACCGUUUUACAAAGUAUUAUCGGAUGAACCAUUAUUGAUACCACCUCGACCAAAUGGUGUUCCAACAGAAGAAGAAUAUACAAUUCAAAUACAUAAUGUAUCCGUGAAACUUUUGGAAAAUGUUCAUGCCAUUCGUCAAACAAUGCCUGCAAUAACAGUAGCUUGUUCAAGUCGUUCAUCCGCACCAUUUCAAAAUAUUGAAAAUUUGUUUCCAACACCACCACAAUCGAGUGAAAAACAACAAAGUUUAGAUCCUACACAACAGCAAAUUCAAAUAGCAGUUGAUGGAGAUGAUGAUAAUGUUUAA